AUGUUAACCCUUCCGGAGGCCGGCAAUGUGGCUGGAGAACAAGAUCGAGGUCUGGCGACAGAGCAGCUAGACAGGAGGCCGGCAAUGGAGAGACUAGUAGAGGAGCCGGCGGAACCAGCAAUGUCAGGGAACCAGGAGCAGGGAGCCUGCGGCGGGACAGCUGGACAGGGAGCCGGUGGCGGGGCAGGAGGACAGGCAGCCAGCGACAGGAAGAUUGGUAGAGGAGCAGAUUGGACCAGUGGUGUCCGGGAAUCAGGAGCCUGCCACUCCGGCAGAGAAGGAGGGUACUGCUGCUGCUGUGAUCCAGCACAUGGUCCAACAGCAUGCUGUGAUCCAACCGGGAGAGGAGGUGGUUGUGAUCCAGCAUCGGCUAGGGAUUGGUGCUGCUGCGAUCCAGCCGGGAAAAGAGGCGACUGUGAUCCAGCAAGGAGUCCAGGGGGCUGCUGCGGUCCAGCCGGGAAAGGAAGCGCCUGCGAUCCAGCAGGGAGUCCAGGAACGGGGAGCUGCUGUGAACCGGCAGAGAGUCCGGGGACGAGGAGCUGCUGCGAAACCGGCAGAGAGUCCUGGAACAAGGAGCUGCUGCGAUCCGGCAGAGAAACCAGGAAUGAGGAGCUGCUGCGGUCCGGUAGAGAGUCCGGGAACCAGGAGCUGCUGCGAUCCAGCAGGGAUUGCUGUCUGCUGUGGUACAGGCUCCUGUGUGUCUCCAGUCUCCUGAGUGUGUCGCCCCAGUGCCCACACUCUUCCACCAGCAGUGAGAUAAAGGACAGUAUCAAUACCAUUCCAUAUUACCGCCUGCCUCCAGCCCUGAGGCGCAGCCGCCGCCGCCUGCCUCCAGCCCUGAGGCGCAGCCGCUGCCGUCCGUCUCCAGCCCGGAGGUCUCCUCUCCAGUCGCUGCUCCGGUUUCCAGCCCGGAGGUCUCCUCUCCAGUCUCCGCUCCGGUUUACAGCCCGGAGGUCAGCAGCCGGCCAGAGUCUGCUCCGAUUUCCAGCCCGGAGAUCAGCAGCCGGCCAGAGUCUGCUCCGGUUUCCAGCCCGGAGGUCAGCAGCCGGCCAGAGUCCGCUCCGGUUACCAGCCCAGAGAUCUCGGCUCCGGCUCCCAGCCCGGAGGACAGCAGCCGGCCAGAGUCCGCUCCGAUUACCAGCCCGGAGGUCUCCGCUCCAGUCUCUCUCCGGCUCCCAGCCCGGAGGACAGCAGCCGGCCAGAGUCCGCUCCGAUUACCAGCCCGGAGGUCUCCGCUCCAGUCUCCUCUCCGGCUCCCAGCCUGGAGGACAGCAGCCGGCCAGAGUCCGCUCCGGCUCCCAGCCCGGAGGACAGCAGCCGGCCAGAGUCCGCUCUGGUUACCAGCCCGGAGGUCUCCACUCCAGUCUCCUCUCCGGCUUCCAGCCCGGAGAUCUCCUCUCCAGUCUUCUCCCCGAUCUCCAGCAGUCUCCAAGCCCCUGGUCGUCCGCCAGAGUUCGCGACGGCCUCGCGCCGUCUCCAAGCCCCUGGUCGUCCGCCAGAGUUCGCGACGGCCUCGCCAGAGUCGUCCGCCCAGAGUUCGCGACGGCCUCGCGCCGUCUCCAAGCCCCUGGUCGUCCGCCAGAGUUCGCGACGGCCUCGCGCCGUCUCCAAGCCCCUGGUCGACCGCCAGAGGCCGCUCAGGUCCCCAGCCCGGCCCAAGCUCCUGAGAGUGUGAAGGACAUGGAGCUGGAACAGGUGGCUCCAACACAGGACUCUCAGUGA